CAACCAUCGUCGGUGGUCUAUCGGCGUCAAUUGAGCAGUUCUACAACGCAUAUAAGUCAGUUCUUUCUCGCCCUCAAUAUGGAUUCUACAACUCAUUCUUCUCACUGUUUUCUAUACUUCCUCAUUCAUUCCAUAUCCCCCAUCUUCGUUCAAAGAUCAUAUCCCGAUAGCAAAUUUUCCAAUUUAUCACUUCCCCUGUCCAUUACUCUACAUCAUGCAUCACCGGGUGUACACAUACGUCCUGGCCCCAAGAUGGGACUUCCGUCCCGAUGGCCCCAUCGCCCUCGGCAACAUCAUCGUCGACCCAUUCAGACCUCACCGUGUCCUGUCCAAGCCCGAUCCGUCAAUCCCAACGCCCGAGAUCGAGACAGUAGUCGAAACCGAAUGGGAGCUACACCAAGAACGAGAGCUUGGCAUGAAAACAAGCAUCUGGACCCACUUCCUUCAGGCCAUGGGAGUUGACCUCGGUCUGGAGAGCACCAAGUCCCUCAGCGCAGAGUACAGUGUCGAGUCCCUGACAACGAGCUACUUCAAGGAGCAACCCUCUCCGGAAGAAAUUACCAGACGAACCCAGGAUCCGAAGAUGCGGGAGUUGAUGCGCCUCGAUAGCCCAUUCUCCAAGCCGGUCUACAUGGUCACGGGGAUCAAGAUCGCGAAGGGGUUCCGUGCAUCGGAAGGCCACUCUCGGUCUAGAGAAGUAAAUGGUGGAGUGUCUGCUGGCACUGCGGGCACUGUCAUUGGCGAUGUCACCGUUGGAACGGACAACAAGAUUUUCGUCAAGCAGUCGGACAAGCGUCAGGGCAAGAGUGAGAAUGACAUUGUUUUCGCUUACCAGCUGAUGAAGAUUGUGCCGAAGGGGUGGAAGCGUAAGGCUUUUGAUAUUCAGGACUUUUACCCGAAGGCGGCUGUGUUGCUGGACAAUGCUGAGGUCCAGAAUGGUGUGGAUGUGUCGUUUGCCACGGCGGCGGAUUUUGCGGAGUGUGACCAUAUGGAGGUCAAGUACAAUAUGGCUGAGCUUACUGAUAGUCAUGGCACGGUUAAAUGUGUUACUGUCCGUGGGUAGGCUGGGUGCGGCUUGAGGGGUUUUUCUGUCAAGUAGUGUAUGUGCCAAUUGUUGCUUUUUGUACUCUGAUUGUUGAUUCUGGUCUUGUAUAUCGCUCUGAUUUCUUUCGAUGUACCGUCGUUGCCUUGUUUUCGUGCAUUCUGUUAUUAUCCUAUAUGAAAGAAUCGAGUACUUGCUUAACUGAUACUACUCCGGGGAAGACCGGGGUUAUCGAACAUGACUCAGACAU